GGGGGCCGCGGCAACAUUGUAGCGCGCGGGGGGAAGCGGCGGCCGCCAACGUUCCAUCCGCCCCGCGCGCCGGGACCGGCCCCCCCGCCCCCCCCGGGACCCCCUGCACCAGCACCCCCGGGACCCCCUGCACCACCCCCCGCCCGGGUCCGGACCCCCUGCACCCCCCUUCCCGGGACCCCCUGCAACCCCCCCCGGGACCCCCUGCACCACCCCCCCCCGGGCCCGGCCGUCCCGCCCCGGCCCCGCGGCCCCCCCCCGGCCCCCCCGGGCCCGGCCCCCCCAUGGAGAACUUCCAGAAGGUGGAGAAGAUCGGCGAGGGCACCUACGGCGUCGUCUACAAGGCCCGGAACAAGGUCACCGGCGAGGUGGUGGCGCUCAAGAAGAUCCGCCUGGACACGGAGACCGAGGGCGUCCCCAGCACGGCCAUCCGGGAGAUCUCGCUGCUCAAGGAGCUCAACCACCCCAACAUCGUCAAGCUGCUGGACGUGAUCCACACGGAGAACAAGCUCUACCUGGUCUUCGAGUUCCUGCACCAGGACCUCAAGAAGUUCAUGGACUCGGCCUCCAUCAGCGGCAUCGCCCUGCCCCUCAUCAAGAGCUACCUGUUCCAGCUGCUGCAGGGCCUGGCCUUCUGCCACUCCCACCGCGUGCUGCACCGCGACCUCAAGCCCCAGAACCUGCUCAUCAACGCCGAGGGCGCCAUCAAGCUGGCCGACUUCGGCCUGGCCCGCGCCUUCGGCGUGCCCGUGCGGACGUACACGCACGAGGUGGUGACCCUCUGGUACCGAGCCCCCGAGAUCCUGCUGGGCUGCAAGUACUACUCGACGGCCGUGGACAUCUGGAGCCUGGGCUGCAUCUUUGCCGAGAUGAUCACCCGGCGAGCCCUCUUCCCCGGAGACUCGGAGAUCGACCAGCUCUUCCGCAUCUUCCGCACGCUGGGCACGCCGGACGAGGCCGUGUGGCCCGGCGUCACCUCCAUGCCCGACUACAAGCCCAGCUUCCCCAAGUGGGCGCGCCAGGACUUCGGCAAGGUGGUGCCGCCCCUGGACGAGGAGGGCCGCAAGCUGCUGGCGCAAAUGCUGCACUACGACCCCAACAAGCGGAUCUCGGCCAAGGCGGCGCUGGGUCACCCCUUCUUCCGCGACGUCACCCGGGCCGUCCCCCACCUGCGCUUGUGACGCAGCCCGGCCCCAGGGCUGCCGCCCCCCCCCCUUGCACUUAGCCCCCGGGGCUCGGCUGCGCCGGGGCCCCCGGGCCGGGACUCGCAGCCUCCCACCCGGCCCCAGCGCCGGCCCCGCACCGCCCAGGUGAGAUCCCGGGCCCGGGAGGCGCCUCCGGCCCCAGGGCAGCGUCGCUGCGGCUCGGGGACCCUCGUCCCCUCCGCGUGACUCUCUCCUGCCCCGACCCCGGGGAGCGAGCGGGGCCCCGCGUGGGGUGAGGGUUGUUCCGGCGGGCGCAAUCCCGCCGGGCCUGCUCCGUUCCCGCCUGGCGGAGGCUCCUGUCUUCCCUCUCCUGGACUUCAGGCACUUACUGCCCUUCCCCGGAGGCGUUUCGGGCUGCGGAGCGGCACCGUCGGGGCCCCGUCCCGGCUUUGCCCAGCUCCUGCCACGCCGCCGGGCCUCUCCCGGCUCCCCGCGCCCGGCUCCGCGCCUUGUCCGUCCUGCCGGCGCGGGAGGAGCCCCCGGUGCCUUCCGGCGCGGGAGGCGGCUCGUGGCCCCCCGCUCCCCCAGAGCCGCCGCUCCCGGGACGGGGGCAGCCGUCGCGGCCCCGCGGAGCGAUGCUCGGCCGCGCUGCCCAGCUCGAGGCUGCACGUCGCGCCGGUCUCACGGCACGAGGCGGGUUAAAGCCGCCGGCUCCCUCCCCGGUGUAUUCAUUUCCCUGGAAGCAGCCGGCUCUGACCAGGGCAGCUCGUACUCGACCGCGGGGACGGUGCAGGCAGCCCGGGGGGGCUCCUGCCGCUGCCCCGCUCCCAGCCCCGGGCCGGCGGGGAGGGCUGCACCCGGGCCCCGGCAGGGAAACCGGCCCCCGCUCCCUCGGCGUGAGGGGAGAGGCCGUUGCCCGUCCCCAGAGCACCGAGCGCGCGCGGAGGAGAGCUGAGGCCUGGGACCACGUUUGCCUUCGUCCCCUGGGUGCAGGGGCCGAGGGGAGGCAGCAUCUUCGUCCCCAGCAUUUCCCAGCCUCCUCCUCCUCGGCCGCCGGCUGCUCCUUGUCUCAUCGCCGCUGUUGGGGCUCUUGAGGCUCCUCGGCAGCACCGGAGCGGCGGGAGCCCCGUGGCCGGGCCCGGCUUCCCUCUCCGAACGCUGCCGGCUCGGGGCCGAAUGCCGCGGGAGGAGGCGGAGGCCUGGAGGGAGGGUCGGUACCAGCUAAAUAUCUGCUGCAAUAUUUGGGAACGUGAAGAUUUAUAUGUAUUUUUGGACUGGGACAAGGAGGGAGGUAUUUAUAAGGCCGGGGUAGCAGAGUUCUUUUGUAGAGCGUUUCUUAGAGAAGCACCUCGGAGUAUUUUGUAACAGAAUCUCUUUACAGCCGUCUCCAAACCCGCCUUCCCGGGAUAUUUUUGUCGCUGACUUUUGUAACUUCCCGGCUGUGAUUUCUUACCAGAUGUUAAAAGUAUUUGUGUAACUCCUUUAAAAAUCAUUAAAUAUUCCUAGUUCUUUG